GAUUUUUUAGUUUGAACUUAAACCUUAAUUUCUUAAGAAAUGCACUUUCAUCCUUCAAGUCUUUCUUUUUUAUACAAUAAGAUUCUCUUGUUGAUUUCAUUUGCAUUUGCAAAGCAUCUUCCAGGAAAUGCAUCAUGCUAUUGCGUACUGCCUAUUUAAGUUCUUUCUUCUCCAUAGUUAACUAUGCAUUGGCUCAUAAACUCAUCGCAUCAGAAAUUGAACCUGCUGCUACUUCUAACAAUUUGCUUUGCAAGGCCCAAGUUGGUUAUCAAUGUCCAACUUUACCUAUUUCUUCUGCUAAUCUUGCAUUAAAAUAUCCAUCAAUCAAAUCUAUGAAAGAAUAGACUUGCAAUUGCAAUCAAAGAAGAUCUGUUGCACGCUACUUAUAGGCCCAAUUUGUUUCUGUGACAAAUUUCAUGGAUAUCUUCUUCUAGAGCCGCAGAAAUAUUAGGACUGAAUUGCAGAAGAACAAUUUGAAAAAGAGAAGAUUGAAGUCAAGGACCCAGAUGAAUAAAUAAAGCGUGUUAAGAUCGAAGUGGAGCAAAAGUGAAAGUUGAGAGACCAGCAAAGUUUUUCCCAUUGAAAAAACAAAGUUGCUUCUUAGUCCAAAAUCCCGACACGGACACUAUUUUUGUAGAUUGAUGGUCAGUGCCGACACAUGUUAUUAAAGUGUCCACACUCUGUGAUUUUCAGCGUAUAUUCACACAAAAUUCUAAUUAUCUUGGCAUCAAUCCCACUGCUCUUUUAAGGAAAUGCAACCUGCUAUUGCCUAGUGCCUAUUUGAGUUGUUUCUUCUCCUUAGUUGGCUCAUCAACUCCUCGCAUCAGAAAUUGAACCUGCCGCUACUUCUAACAAUUUGCUUUGCAAGGCCCAAGUUGAUUAUCAGUGUCCAACUUUACCUAUUUCUUCUGCUAAUCUUGCAUUGUAAGUACACCAUUUAUCUAUGUCUUCAAGAUUCUUCUUAUUUUUUCUUUAAUAUAUAUCUCAGUACUCG